GAAAUAAUUUACGAAGAAUAUGAAGAGGAUACAGAAGCCAAUACUUGGAUACUUCCUAAAACUUCAAUACCACCCAGCAUGGCAGAAAUUUUGAAGCAAUGGGAGGAAAUAAAGCCGAAACUUGAGCAAUUGAAAAAGGGAAAGAAAAAGAAAAUGACGAAAAAGGGGAAAAAAGCAAGAGAAAAAGAACAUGAAGGGAGUCCUGCAGUCGAAGCCGAAAAACUAAGGAAUCGGUUAAUCAAGGAGAUGUACGAUGAAAUUCGGUCGGAAAAAUUAAACUUUAGCAACCAAGUGGCUCUGGAAGAACAACAAAGUUCUUUGCGAAUAACACAAUUGGAAGAGACAUUGCUUACAAUGUUCGAAAACCAAAAAUCUUACAUGGAUUACAUGUUGGAAUCAAAAGAAAUUGAGGAAUGGAGACAGUAUAUGAAAUGUGAUGGAUUACCUGACACAGGAGUUUUGUUUGAAUUGAACACCUUUCUUUAUUUGUGGUCCAUGGAAAAUGAACAAGCUAGUAUGGAAACGGUUCCAAAAUAUUGCGAAAUAGUUAUUUACUUGCUGCCUAAAUUAGAGGAAAAGAUUAAAUUUCCUACAAUGUAUUCUUCAAGUUACAUCAACGAUUGUAAAUCAAUUAGACAAGAGCUUCGAAACAAACUUCAGUUUUGGAUAGACGCAGCGAGUUACCGACUUUUGAGACAGAUUGAAAAGGACAUGAUAAGGGAGGAUUUGAAAAAUGCAAGAUUUAUUCAGAAAUCAAAUGAUCUUGUGUGUUGUGUUUGGGCUCUUAUAAGAUUGCCGAUCACUAUAAAAACACUUGCAGAAAAAGAUAGGGAACCAAUUGAAGUAGCAUUUGAAGAAAUCAACUUGAUAGUGAAGAUGCCGGGAGACCUUGACUGUUAUUCGAUGGCAAUUAGAGGAUUGUGGUCAAAUUACGAUCAUUAUUCUGAUUUGUGCUCCUCAUACGAAAUCCCCAACAUUCCUGAUAAAUGCCGGAUGGAUAUGGACUUGCUGACCUACUGUCAAAACGAGUUCGAAACGAAGAAUAAAAUUCGAGAAGAGCAAAAAGAAGGUCGUCGUCUGCGGCUGGAGGAGAAAAAAUUGUUGCUUGAGAAAAUGACUAAUCCGCCACCUCUACAGCAACCUUCAAAAUCCGAGAAAAAAGGCAAAACAGGAAAGAAAGGAUUGGAUCUGCUGAAAACGCAGAAGAAACUGGAACCGGAACCAGAUCCUGAACCUCUUCCCUAUUUGCCCACAGCCGAAGAAAUUAUAUUACAGACAGAAGAUGACAUAAGGAAAGAACUGCGAAAAUCUCUCUUCACGAGGUGCGAGACAACGGAAAUUAAUCUACGAAAAUAUGCGAUUUUGGGAGGAAUCUACCACAUUGAUUUAAUUUAUCAACCACCACAGCCAAAAGACAUGAAGGGAGACAUGUUCCUCACAACUUUACAAAUUCCAAAGGAACUGAAAUUUGUGCCAUUUUCGAAGCCAUACGAAGCACCUCCACCAGCUCCGGAAUCAGAAAGGACGCCGGAAGUAAUAGAAGCUGAAAUGAAAGCUUUAGAAGCAGCAAUGGAAGCUCUUGCUUUAGUUACUUUAAAACUUCCAGAUUCUGUUCUUUGGUUCGAACCUCCAUUAGUAGCUCACUGGAUACCAGAAGAGAGAAUUUGGUCGACCCAAGACGUCCACGACAUUAAAUACAACGAAGAAAAACAAAUAAUCACCUUCAGAUCUGGAAGACUAGGUAUUCACGGAUUGGCUGGUUUCAGAUAUAUCAAUUUGCCCUUUCAAAGUUGGGAAUUGAAACCAGAAUCAGGAAAAAACUGUCGAGGUGGUGUAACUCUGAGUGUUACAGCUGCUAUUGUACAAGCUGAAUUUAUUGUUAGAGAAGAUUUGGUUUGUCUUCAUUCAUUGGCUGGUGGAACCACAAAUGCUUUACAGGAUAUCAUCAAUCAGUAUAUGAAACUUCAUUUGCUUAUAAAAAAAAUGCGGGAUUGUGGAUGCGACCUCUUUCCGGAAGCUGAUGCAUAUAGCUACGUCAAAGGAUUGCCAGUUAAACAUCGAGUUAUUGAGAAACACUUGCAGACAUGCAUUGGAUUAUUGUGCACUGCAUAUACUUUUGCAUGGUCUCGAUGGAACGCAACUCGCGUCCCGCGACAAAUUGUUAUUCAGAUCAAGGAAUUGCAUGGUUGUCUCGCCAAGCAGCAAACAAAUACUACUUUGCUGGUAACUCCCGUUCAAACAGUGACGGUUCAGUGCACGGAAGUUAGUCCAGAGUUCACUGAAAAACCUGUGGAAGGUGAUAAUGCAAAGUUUUAUGCUGAUGUGUACCAAAUGGCUCUGCACAAUGCUGGAAUCAAGAGUCGGAUUUUAAUGAAGAACAUGUCAUUCAAACUUGCUACGACCGUUACCAAAUUAUUAGAAACCACAAACAUAAUUAGCAUGUCUUCCUGACAUGCCUUCCUUUUCUUCUGUUUAUAUUAUAAUGAAGCUCACGUGUGAUAUUACAACUAAGGAAAUUGCUAAAAUAUCAGUAUUCGGAGUUAUUGUUGUCGAAAAAUUAAUCAUGCUGAAAAAUUCUGAUGAUAUUACAUAUGUACCUUAGAAGAGACCUCUCCACCUGGAUAUUAGGAAAUUGAAUAAAAGUUAAACGAUUCAUACAAUAAUUUAUUUUGCUUUGAUCGUUAAUUC